AUGCCUUCCAAAGAUCAGAAGAAGCUGGAUCAAAGCAUUUUGAAGCUCAAGCGUGUGCUAGCGAUUAGAGAUGUGGUGGAAAAGUUUGUUGCGGAGUACAACCAUGAGCGGGAUGCCAAUCAAGUGUCCGUCCGCCUUGAAUCCCUCGACAAGAUUAACAAGGAGUUUCAUCAUGCCCAGGGCGAAAUGGAGAUGAUUGACAGCGACCAUUUUGAGGAGCACAUUGAGGUGCGGACUGCUUUCGAAAAUAGAUACUGUGUGCUCAAGGGAUUCCUUCUUUCGAAGCAGACAAGCAAUCAACCGAUGAUGAGUUCAACGAUGAUCGGCAGCUUCGGUCAGCAAUCUGCUGCUAGCUUCCAUCAUCGGCUACCGAAGAUAGACCUUCCUAAGUUCAGUGGCGAUGAAUCAAGAUGGAUAUCAUUUAGGGACAACUUCAUUUCGAUGAUCCACAGCAACGACGAUAUACCGACUGUAAACAAACUUCACUACCUUCUGCAGUCGCUUGAAGAAGAGGCCAAGAAACCAUUUGAAAGCGUGGAUAUUCAAGCGGACAACUAUGCAUCGACGUGGGAUGCGUUGUUAAAGCGGUAUGACAACAAGCGGUUCCUAAAAAAAGAACUGUUUCGAGGCUUGUUCGAUCUACCAGUAAUGAACAAGGAAUCCGCCGCCGAUCUCAACACAUUAGUAGACGAGUUUCAGCGUCGUAAGCUAGAUGCCUCAACGCUUCGUGCCUGGGAGCACGAGACUCGCCAGAAAGACGAAGUGAGGUACGACGAACUGAUCGACUUUCUCUCGCAGCACAUUCGUAUGCUGAAGUCGGUAGCCAGUGACUUACAGCAACGAUCUCUGUCGACUAGCAUCAAGGUGGCCGGACCUUCAACCAAGAAAACUCCUGCGUUCAAAUCCGUGGCAAACCCAGCCACCGCUGAAGUUAUAUCAAAUGUUCAACUAUGCCCUGCAUGCAGCCAAAACCACCAGUUACAUAAGUGUCCGACCUUUAAUGAGCUGUCCAUAUCCCAACGACGAGAGUUGGUAGUCCAGCGGAGCUUGUGUCGGAACUGUUUUCGGCUUGGCCAUCAAGCACGAGUUUGUAGAUCUAGAUUCAGUUGCCGAACUUGUCAGGCCAGGCAUCAUACUAUGCUGCACGAGAACGUAGCAGUCUCAAAUUCGACCACCACUCCUAUCGAAACGUCGACUAUUUCUGCACAGCAACCUAACCUAUCCACACCAGUGAUUGCUGGUACCUCUGGAUCUGCGCAUCCACCGGAAGUCAGCAUGGCUAUCCAAUCGAAGCACAGCACAGUCUUAUUGGAAACGGUUUCGCUUUUCAUUGUCGACUAUAACGGCAGAAGAUUUCCGGUUCGAGCGCUUUUAGACUCCGCAUCGAUGUCCAAUUUUAUUACGAAAAAGUUGGCAAACGAUCUCGGCAUCCGCCGAACUAGCGUAGAUGUAACCGUCGCCGGACUUGGGGAAUCCGUCAAAAAAGUGAAACGUCAAAUCACUGCCACAAUUGAAUCCAAAACAAGCAGCUUUUCCACCACACUCGAAUUUCUCGUCAUGAGAAAACCCACUGCUUCUCUCCCGACAGUUCUUAUAAACACAGCGGCGUGGAACAUGCCAAACGUUCCAUUAGCCGACCCACACUUCAACAUUCCGAGCAUGAUCGACAUCAUAAUUGGCGGAGAGUGCUACCACGAAAUCCACACCGGUAGUCGCUUAUCCAUCGGUGACGGUCUUCCGCUGCUAGUCGACACACGUUUCGGAUGGACAGUUUCGGGCAAAACAACCACCAAUCCCACAGUAGCACCGCCAGUGUGUUAUCUCUCGACCGUCGACCGUUCUCUGGAGUCAUCGCUUCAAUGUUUCUGGGAACUUGAAGCAGUCGAUCAAAGCCCGAUAUACUCGGAAGAAGAGAAGCAAUGCGAGGAGUUUUACGCAACCACCACCACUCGAACUCAUGACGGAAGGUACGUCGUUCGCCUUCCCCGGUCCGACAAUCCGCAAGUCACCCUUGGCCAAUCUCGACAAACCGCCACCCGUCGCUUCUACAGCCUUGAGCGACGCCUUGAACGAGAUACCGCCUUGAAGAGCUCCUACCAUAAUUUCAUCGAGGAAUACCUCCGCCUGGGACACAUGCGCAAGCUAGAUUUUGUCGACGACGAUUCUCCACAUUGUUACCUUCCACACCAUCCGGUAGUCAAAGAGAGUAGUACCACCACGAAGCUUCGAGUGGUAUUCGACGCCUCCUGUAAGACCUCCUCCGGAAUGUCGCUAAACGAUACACUGCUCGUUGGACCAGUCGUUCAACAGAAUCUCGACUCCAUCAUUAUCCGCUUUCGCUUCCACGCUAUUGCCAUUGUCGCUGACGUCGAGAAAAUGUAUCGUCAAAUACUACAUUCUCCUGUUGAUCAACGCUUCCUACGUAUACUAUUCCGCCGACAGCCGUCGGACCCUCUCGAUACCUACGAACUUCUUACAGUUACGUAUGGAACGGCUUCGGCACCCUUCUUGGCAACGCGCACUUUACAACAAUUAGCAAGAGACGAAGGAGAAAACUCCCCGAAAGCCGUAGAAGCAGUCGUCGAAGAUUUUUAUGUGGACGAUCUACUUACCGGAGAAGACAAUCUGGCCUCUGCUGUAGAAAAGCGUCGUCAGAUAUCCACCAUGCUCGAGUCGGCCGGUUUCUCGCUGAAGAAGUGGGCUUCGAACGUUCCGGAAGCAUUAGCCGAUGUUUCACCUGAAGACCGUGCUAUCAAGCCCGUCCACGAACUUCAAGACGAUCAAUCCGUAACGACCCUUGGAUUGGUAUGGGAUACGAAGAACGAUAUACUUAGAUUCAACGUUGACCUUCCGCUACCAGCGUCUGUUCUCACGAAGAGAAAGGUGAUAUCAUACAUCGAUAAGAUGUUUAAUCCGUCAGGCUUCGUUGGUCUUGUAAUAGCCACAGCGAAGAUAUUCAUGCAGCGCUUGUGGAAACUCAAGAACGAAGAUAACUUUCUCUAUGAGUGGGAUCGUCCAUUGCCUGAAAAGCUGUAA